UAGAAUGGCGAUUUCAUCAAAAGAGGGUUGCACUGUAAUAUGUCAUUAUGUCGGCUGUUGUGUCUUCCAGACCUGAAAUUUCAAAUAAGAUUUUUUUUUUUUUUUUUCCAGGACGAGGAAGUACUGCUGUCAAAAGUCUUUACUGACACACCCUCUUCAUUCUUUACGCUAACCAUUAUGAAACUCCCUUUCCUGGAUGUUUAUUACAUGUGUUUUGACAGCUCGUAACAUUACCAGGCAGAGACGUUUAUCUGCGACUGAGGUGUUCGCCCAGAGCCGUCAUUCUUUUUAACCCUCCUUUUUUACCAUCCUUGCCUUGCUCGCUUCACAGGAAUGUGGCCCCGUAUCUGCACAGCAGUCUAAACAGUGGCAAUAUUGUCGCCAUGGACUGUUGCCCGAAUCUCUGCCUGCCUCCCGAAGAAGUCGAGAGACGUAGGAUCAACAGGGCCAUCGAGAGGCAACUGGAACAUGAUAGGAAAGAGAAUGAACGUGCCUACAAGCUUCUCUUUUUAGGGACAGCAGAGAGUGGCAAGAGCACUUUUCUCAAGCAGAUCCGCAUCCUCCAUGGUAACGGAUAUAGCGAGAGCCAGCGGAUGUCCUUCAUUCGGUUAGUGUGCCAGAAUGUGGUCACCGCUAUGCAAACACUCAUUGAAGCCAUGAGAAUCCUCCGCGUGGACUACGCUGACAAUCAAAACCUGGCCUUGGCGGAGCGUCUGAGUGAAGUGCAGGUCGAGAAGGUGGAAAGGUUGGAGUCGUGGCAGGUGAACGCCAUAAAAAAUUUGUGGAAUGAUCACGGCCUUCAGGACUGCUAUUACCGAAGACGUGAAUUCCACCUGACCGAUUCAGCCAAAUAUUACUUCAGUGAAAUGGACCGAAUCACCGCCCCGGGUUACAUCCCUAAUUUGCAGGACAUCUUGAGGGUUCGUGUCCCCACCACGGGCAUCAUUGAGUACCCUUUUCAAAUAAAGGGCAUUACGUUCAGGAUGGUGGAUGUUGGUGGUCAGCGUUCGGAAAGGAGGAAGUGGAUCCACUGCAUGGAUAACGUCAUUUCUAUCAUCUUCCUGGCCGCCCUCAAUGAGUAUGACAGCGUCAUGCUUGAGGACCCCACACAUAAUCGGAUGGAAGAGAGCUUGGCAUUGUUCAAGACCCUCGUAGAGUACCCGUGGUUCAGCGAGACUUCCUUCAUCCUUUUCCUCAACAAGACAGACCUUCUGGAGGAGAAAAUCCAGCAUUCAGAUGUGGCCACAUAUUUCCCGCAGUACACAGGGCCUCCGCACAAUGCCAAACACGCUCAAAAAUUCUUCCUUGAGCUCUACAAGAUUCCACACAGGGGCCACAGAAAGCCCAUGUUCUUUCACUACACCUGUGCCACAGACACCAAAAAUGCCAAAGUGGUCUUCUCAAGCGUCAAGGAUACCCUCUUCCGAGAAAUCAUCGACUUUACCAUGUCGUGAAGGAACCUUGUCAUGGCGUUGAAGCUACAAGCAGCCCAUUGAAAAAAAUAUAUGCUAUAGUGUGUUAUUAUUGUCUAGGUUCAAGUUUUUUCUAAUGUUGAUGCAAGACUGUCAAAACCGGUUAGGCCGAAAUUGCUGCUUGAACUAAAGUGCAUCGCUCUUGUUUUUGCAAAGCAACAAAGGCACAAUUUUCAAGAAAUAGAAUUGAAAGACAGAGGAUGUGACAAGUAAAUGGGCCUACAGCACAUUCAAAUAACAUAGUGGUAGAUACUUGAUUUGUUGCUACUUCUGGCUAAGUUUGGUGUGUUUGUUUUACAUUGUACAUUGUCAAUGUAUAUAUUGAUCAUUGCCAAGUGUUCCUCCUGUUGGAAUGAAAAAAUAUAAAUGAUGUCAAUAGCGACUAAUUGAGGCAAUUUUCAUUAGAUUACCCUUAACAACAAGUAAGCAAAAAUAAGACGAAAACAAAAUAAUAAUAAAAAUAAAGAAAAUACAGCAAAUAAUGGACUUAAUUUGUAUGGAGUCUGAUUAUAUUUUCCUUUAUUUCAUCUUACAUCAUUGUUUUUGUCAUUUUUCUGUUAAAGUGUUUCAUAUUUUGUCUCUGCCUCUUGUUCUUUCUUAGUCUAGUUUCAUUUUUUCCCUGGUCAUUAUCCUUGUUUCAUAUUGUCUGUUGCUUUUUUAAAAAAAAAAUUAAUCUAAUUUUGUUUUCAUCUUUUGUGUUCGUUUUGAUUUAUGUUGCUAUCUUUGUAUUGAUUCUGUCUGUUUUAUUAUUAUUUUUACCCUAUAUUUGUUUUCAUCUUGUCAUUUCAUUUUUUUCAUUUUUAUUUUAUUUGUAUUUUGUGUUGUGUAAUGUCUUGCUUUCAUCUUUGACAGUCUUUAAUGCUAAUUUCAAGUUAUUAUCGGCCAAUUGCGUAGAGUUGAUUUAGUUGAAAAUUACCAUCUUAAAGCAUUGAAUGCCAAAUAGAGCGCACUUGGUUGAUAUUAGGUCUUAAUCGGCUAAGAUGGGGCCACUUAGAAUCAUAGGUUGACACUAAUGAGAUACUGUCAAACUGGAGCAUGCUUUGGCAUGUGACGUGUCCAUGUGUGGUUGUCAUCCUUUUCAGCAAACAACUGUCCUCACUUUAUGCAUAGUUGUCAAACUGCAGAAACAAGUUAGGUGAAAGAACAUAAAGGAAGUCAAAUUAACAAAUAUGCAAUGAUUAGAUGUUAAUCAUUUCUGACAGCACUGUUCUUUUUAACAAUAUGAGACCGAAGAGGCAAAAUGGGUUCCAAGGUUUAAAAGAUUGUUACUCAUUUUAUGCUCAUGAUUUCAUUACAAAGGAGGUGUAACAAAACUCAUUUAAAUUAAACUCGAUUUUAAAAUUAGUACAGUGGGGCAAAUAAGUAUUUAGUCAACCACUAAUUGUGCAAGUUCUCCCACUUGAAAAUAUUAGAUAGGUCUGUAAUUGUCAACAUGGGUAAACCU